AUGAUGAGCGGGCGACUUCCCACCGGUCGUCCGGCUCAUUACUUUCUAUUCACCCUCUCUCUCGCUGCCAUCUUCACCUUCUCCGACGCCGCCACCGCUCAUUCAAGCAAUUCCGGCCAUGUCCUCCGCCGUCAACAGCUCACUCGCCAACGCUCCGAGCGCAUCUUAGCCUCCCUCGCAGCUGGCGCUGCUCCUCCUCUCUCAACGCCGCAGAGUUCUUCUUCCUCGUCGCAGUUGAGAUCCCGCGUCUACAGCGUCAUGGACUACGGUGCCGAUCCGAGGGGGAUCGCCGAUUCGACGCAAGCGAUUAAACGGGCUCUUGCCGACGCCUGCGCGUCGCUGGAAGAUCGCCGUCUGAUGUCCCAAAUCGCCGAUCUCGGCGGCUCCGAGCUCAAUCUCGGCGGCGGAUCGUACCUCAUAAGUAGCCCGCUCACUCUCCCCUCCAAUCCGAUUGGAAAUAUUAAGAUCCACCAAGGCACCCUUCGAGCCUCCGAUGAUUUCCCCGCCGGUCGCUACAUAAUUGAGCUUGGCUCGAACUCAUCGGAAUCAACUACCUCCAACUACAACUUCGAGUUCGUCACGCUCUCCGGCCUCAUGAUUGACGCCAACCACCGCGCAGGUGGCAUCAUCGUCAUAAACUCCCUCCGCACCACCAUCAGCGGCUGCUACAUCGUCCGCUUCACCUCCGAAGGCAUCUCCGUCCGCUCCGGACAUGAAACCCUCAUCACCAAUUCAUUCAUCGGCCAACAAAUCACUGCCGGCGCACAUCCCCAAGAGAAGUCCUUCACCGGAACCGGAAUCAGCCUCACCGGCAAUGACAAUAUCGUCACCGAUGUCGUCAUAUUCUCUGCCGCCAUAGGGAUACUCAUCGCCGGCCCAGCCAACAUCCUCACCGGCGUUCAUUGCUACAACAAGGCGUCCGCUUUCGGCGGGAUGGGGAUAUAUUUGAAAUCGCCGGGUCUGACUCAGACACGAAUCGUUAACUGCUACUUGGAUUACAACAGUAUCGUGUCGGAGGACCCGGUUCAGCUACACGUGUCGGGUACAUUCUUUUUAGGGGAUGCUAAUGUGGUGCUUAAGUCAGUUAAAGGGGUGUUAAGGGGCAUUAAUAUAGUGGAAAAUGUAUUCUCCGGCUUGGGUGGCGGUGUCGAUAUCGUGCGGUUGGAUGAGUCCGGCGGGGCGUUUACGGCCGUUGAUCAGGUGAUGGUGGGGCGGAACAGUGUGGAGGGGAUGAGGGUGAGAUCGACGGUGGGGAAGGCAUCGGUGCGGGGGAACGGGACGACGUGGACUGUUGAUUUCAGCCCGGUUCUUUUGUUUCCGAACAGGAUCGAUCAGGUGCAGUAUUCGCUGCUCGCCGGUUCGGAAUUCCCGAAGCAUGCGUUGAGGAAAGUGAGUGAUAACCGGGUGGUGAUUGAGUCCGACGUGGCGGUGCAGGCGACGGUUUAUGCGCAUGUGGAGCAGUAUGGGGGAAUUAUGGCAUGAUGAGUCAGAUGAAAUGAACAUGAGCCGACAAUUUUGUUUUUGGGGCUUCCACUGGAGCUGGAAAGUAUAAUGUGAGGCUUGAUUGAUGA